AUGACUCUCGACGGAGCCUCCACCGGACUGUUCCGACCGCGGCCGAAAUCUGUUGUCGUUCUGGGAUUUGGAGGAGAAGAUGACGACGACCUGCCUGGAAGUGUCCGAUCAACGUGUCCUGUGACGAACACGACGAGGACUGGUGUCGGCGAAGCUUUUGGCCACCGCGUUGUGGGGCGGAGGGCCAUUGGAUAGGGCAGAGAGGUUGACCAUAAGGUCGGUGGGAGGCUCUUGGGUACCAUCAGCUCGGGCUUCUAGGUCUCGGUAGGGUCAAGUUUUUUACUAUUUUUCCUCUGUAUUAAAGGUUAUGGCUCACGUUUGAAAACGCUUCACUGGUUUAAGGCGUUGACUUAAUGAGUUAUAUAAUCUACAUAUAUAGCACAUUAUCCAACUAGCAUAGUAUAUAACAAUCUAGAUCGAAUUAAGCAUAUUUUUUGACAUUUACCUUUAAAUGCAUAAGUAGAAAGAACCCAUAGGCAAAAAAAAAUUCCAUAAUAUCUAGCACCCUAGAGACGAGCUUCAGCUAAUUAUGCUUCUAGCAAGCCAUCUCUUUCAAGCUACAAACAUGUUGACUAGAACCAGCUUAACUUGACGGAGAUCAUGGCUGCUUUGAGUGCACGCACACGUAUGGGUCAGAAGGCAAAUUUUGCUGAAAAUAUUUUUAAAAACUGAAAUUAUUAAUGUAGAUGGGGUCUCUUAAUAGUGGAUCACAUUAAUGUUCAUAGCUGAAAAUAUUCUCCUAGCUUCUUUCAUGGCAUCUCUGGAGCACAUUAAUGUACUCUAGAUAGCAUGUGCUAUAUGUCAUAAACUGCUUGUAAAUAUUUUUAUGAGUUUUUUAUCUUCAACGGUUUCUCCUUAGCAAGUUUUUAAAGAGCCAAAGCACAUGUUAAUGUUCUUCAUCAUCGUGGGAAUGCUGUCGAGAAAAUAUAUAGAAAUAAAUAUGAAGCAAAUAUGGUCAAUUUUUAUUUUAAAUCUUAAAUGGUGCUCAAACUUCCCUUGCCUUAAACUAAGGGAUAAAAUAAAAAUUUAAUUUAAGAAUGGAUUAAAAUUAAGAAAAAAAUAAAAGGAAAUCUUUUCCAUUAAAUAAUGUAGAGAAGCCUACUAUUAAUGUGUUUGGAACCGUGCUCCCCCCUGUUAGAAUGUUAACCCUUUGGCCCACAAAGAUGUCCUCUUUCUUUUCCUUUAAAGGUGUUGUUCCAAGCCAGCUCAGCACACCAACCUUUUUUUUUCUUUUUCUAGAAAAAAAAAACUCAUUCAAAAAGAUGUGCGAUUGUGUCAUUUUUGGUUAAUGUGGGUGUAUUUAUGCAUUUGAUUAUUAAAGCAUACGAUUAAAGUCUACUUUACUCAUACAUGCCAAACGUAGUUUUAAACCCUAAAAUAUGGUAAUUUUAACCAUAGUUGACUCGUUCACACAUCUACAUGAUAUGAAGGCCCAUGCUCAAUGAUUUAAGAAAAUAUGAAUAGAAUGUUGUAAUCUCCGAUCUGAAAAUGGGUUUUUUUUAAAGUGUUACAUUAUUAUUUUGCCAUAAGUUUUUUUAUGUAGAAUAGUGGCUAUUUUUGGAAAUAAUUUCUGAUGAGUAAUACUUGUAUAAAAAAAUAAAAUUAUCCGCUCUAAGCCAAAAAAUAUUCCUUUCAGCAAUAAGUAUUAUAUCAGGUCGUUAUUUUUUAUUUAUAUAAUUUCGACGUUGUUGAAAAUGCUCCACCAUACAGGUCAAGCGAUCAGAUAUGGGUUUCCCCGAUCCGAUCCGAUCCGGUCCGGUCCGGUCCACGGGUGUUAGUUUGGGCUGGGCCGAAACGUUAAAAAGUUGAAGGCCUAGUCCAGGCUGACGUGGUCUUCGAAGCUAGCUGUCAGCCAGUGGCCCGUUCGCCGCCACCGGAAGCACCUUGGAAUCUGGAAACCGGCGGCUUUGACUCUCUCUCUCUCUCUCUCUCUCGUCGCCAGGGAGUGCGAACCCUAGAAAUUUCUGACGAGAUGGUGAGGUGGCGCAUCUAUCUUCGUUUGGCGGGCCAUCCACAAUCCCAUGAUAGUUACUCGGUCUGAUCCAUGCCGCCGUUCGUUGCAGCGGGAGGCAAAUUCGUGGGAGAAGAGUCCGCAGACGGUUGGUAUCUGCUGUUGAUAUAAACUAGGUUUGCGCUUCUCUGGGAUUCAGUCUCGAGGCGUGGGUGUCCUGGUAAGGGUGGGUACAAGUGCUCGCCGUUGUUAAUGGACUGCGGAGUUCGAUGUGGAGCGAUCACCGCCAUGGAGGCGUCGCCGGCAGCGUCCGCCGUGGCGGCGAGGGUCGGAGGUGGGCGUCUUCGUCUCACGGUUCGUGGCAGCGUUCGAUUUCCCUCUGGUUUUGGGGGGGGAUUUCAGGUGUGCAUUCCCUUCUCCCGAUUUUCUUUUCAAGAUGAUCAAUUUCCGCUCAUACCUUCAUCUUACAGUUGCUGAAAAUGGCUCGGUUCCUUAACCUAGCAACUGCCGCGUGUUUAACGGUUGUUACAAUCUCCUCGGUUGCUAAUUAGGGAUUCAAAAUUUAGAAGGAACUGCUGGUGUGCCUUAGCAUGAGAAUCUUGUCCGUACGUUCCCCCAAUGAUUGCAAUGUUUUUUUUCUUCCGUAUUUCUCCAGGAUGUGGUUAAAUUUCGCUGCAGAAAAGGGAAAUCCAUCUCGAUUGCCAGUGCUGAAUCCAACAAAUGCGAAUCGAGGUGCGUAAGCACACCGCUUGUACCCCAAUCGCCAGCGGGAAAGUUCCUCGGUGGGAUAUUGAACGACCAUCCCCACAUCUUCCCUGUUGCUGCCGCGGAACAACUGGAGAAUUUGGCUUCGGAGAGAGAUGGAGCUGUUGCUCGCCGUGCUCACAGCGUAGGCUCUGCUCAAGCGUGCCUGCACGAGUAAGUACUACUCUACGAAGCUGAUGCCCGAUUGAAUUCACAGAUCUGCUUCAAAAUGAAAUUCCUUUUAUCAGUUCAGUACUGUUGGUCUUGCCUGCAUUGCUUUAUUUCGUACUUUGUUCAAAUUUCAUAAAUGCAACUAAUUUUCUUAAACCCUCGAGGUCCAUAUAUCUGUGAAGUGCUUAGAAAAAAAAAUCGAAGAAAAAAGGCUACCAUGACUUGCCUGGUUCUGCGCUCUUUCUUUGUUGUUAAAAAGCGAACUGUUCUCAUUGGUCUUAAGAAUUUGCCUUUCCGUCAUGUUACAGUGUGGAGCGCAAUAGAAAUAUGAGAAGGGUGUAGGAAAGACUAUCUUUGAUUCACCUAGUUAGUAGUAUUUUUAAAAAAAGUGUAAUCGGUCCUUGUACAUCUUAUAAAGUAGAAUCUGUACAUAUCUUGACUUUUCAUCUCCUCAUCAUUGUUUUCAUUAUCAUCGCAUAUGUUAUUACAGAGAUAAAGUCUUAGAUUAACCUCACUCGUUUACCUAAACAUUUUUGUUUGAAUCACUUAUUGUGUUAACAUGAUUUAUUACAGAAUGGCCAAAUGUAUGCAACAUACAGUUUCAUUGUUCAAUCAAUUCAGAACAUUAUUUACUCCACAGGUUGUUUCUAUUUUAGCCAAGUAUGCAGAAUGCAUCUAUGUAAUUUUGUCCUUCCUGAGAAAAAAAUUAGACACUUGAAACAAGCUUUUGAGGUGACUUUAUGCAUUCAAAAUAUACUGGAUGUUGGUUUCUUCUUAGAAAAGAAUUGUGCUUCACAUACUUUGUAUUAGUGUCAUUAAUGUUAGAAAUUAAUUAGGUUUCAUGGUAUCUUUUAACAGUUAGAUUAAACUCAAAGCGAUUUUUCCCGUUUGUGUCAUGAAAAGAUUUUCGUACAUAAACAAUUGACCUAAAAACAUUUGUUCUCGGAUAUCUUUUGGUAAUCUAUUCACCUAUAGAGCUAAAGUCGCCUCAUUACUUUCGAAGUUGGUCUUAGAUUUUUAAUCGGUGAUUCUUUCUCCAACUAUCCUUUCAAAGUUGGUCUUAGAUUUUAAAUCGGUGAUUCUCUCUCCAACUAUCCUUACUUUCUCCAUUAUUAUUUUCACCAGUGUCCUCAAUGACAUCAAUGGCAUUUCUUGAAACCUCUUCUUCUGAUAUUUCUCACAUUGAAUUUGGUAGCACUCAAUUAUUUUCUCUCCCCUAACAUUUGCUAAGUAAUGAACACCUACUUUACAAUUGGGAUCCUAUUAUUUUUGGAAUUGACUCUAUGAAUGUGCUACAUAGUGUUUUAUCAUCCCUUGUUAGUCUCUUGGAUUCGUUCACAAUAGAGUAUCAGAAUUGGCCCUACUGAAUAAUUUCUUUUCAUCUGGUGGCAGUUCAGUGUGGAUGUCUCAUUGUUUAUGAGUGCUAUAAUGUGGAGUAUGUCAGUGUUGACAGCUGCUGCUUCUUUCUCUAAUGUCCGUUCUUUACGGAAACAGGCAACCAAGCGGAAAAGCUGUUUCCAAUUUUUUAGAUGUACACACACCUUUGCUUUCUGAAUGAUAAAUUUUACUUUAUUUUAGUUAUUUUGGGGUUCCUCUCCACAUAUGGGGAUAUUAGGUGGGUUUCAUGCCUCGUGGUCAGAUUUUCAAACAUCUGUAACCAUAAAAAAUGAUAAUCGGUAGCCAUCAACCAUUGUGAUGAUAAACCUGUGAAGUUAGCUGUCUCAUGAUUGUCUAAGACGAGGUGCAGUCUGUUAUCUAACUCAGUUCAGAGAUCGUCCCAUGAAUCUAAAAUCUGUUUUUAUUGUUUUCCACUUUCCUCCUAUUGAUUCCAUUAGUCUAGAAUGACACAAUCAUAUUCAAUCAAUCAUAUGACUUCAAGAAGGCCAUUUAUAUUGACUCAUAUUAUUCUGUCAUAAGUCUUCAUCAUCUGAUAGCGUUUCAAGUUUUUUUUCUUAUUAGUCUUUAAUUGAAUUUAAAUGGAAAAUGUAAUUUUCUCUCCCAUCUUGUAUCCUCAAUAGAGUUAAUGUAAUAUACGCUUGUAUACAUUUGGUAAUAAAGUUUUAGUCCAUAGAAGGUAGAGCUGUGAAAAUUGGUCGUCAGCCCAUGGGCUGAAUUUUGGCAUGCUGCUUCUCUUUUUAUCUUCUCUACAAUGCAUCUCUAUCUAUGCGAUUCUUCUUCUUACCAGUCACUCCAUUCAUUUUAAAUCUCAUUCAUCUCUUCCAAAACCCACGAGUGAUAUCGCGUUCUAUCUACUGAGCACAGAAGGAUAGCAGAAAUGAAGGAGGGCGAAUGCCAGAUUGCCGUCGAAGAAGUCAUGUACAUGCUGAUUGUCCACCAGUUCUCUAAAAUCAAAGUGCCAAUGUUUCCCCACCUCUCCAGGCUGAUGGGCGGAUCUUUGGACAGUUGUCCAUCAUACGAGGACGAGUUGGAAUCCAUUUAUGACCAUGAAUCCCUGGAGAUGGUGAAAAUCCACCUGUUGAACAUUCUUGGGCGGACGGGUACGUUCGAUGCGACCAUGAACCAGUCAAGAGCUCAGAUCAAGAGACUUCAGCUCGGGCGAAUCUAUGCUGCCUCAAUCAUGUACGGGUACUUCCUGAAGUCGGCCUGCUUGAGGCACCAUCUGGAGUACCUCUUCUCUCUUACCAGCAAAGAUUACCCUCUGAGCUACCUGAUCCAGAUGCCAAGCGUGAAGCAUCCGCAGUACACAAAGCAGCGGCACCCCUUUGGCCCUGCCUGCACAGAGGAUGAUGCUAGCUACCCUUCGUACUCUCAGAGAAGGCCCAGAAGAAUAAAAAAUCUGAGGAGCUACGUGAUGAAGUUUGAUCCCAAUUCUCUGCAGAUCUGUGCGAGGCUGAAGUCCCGAGAGUCAGUCAAUCUGAUUGAGAAGCACAGUCGGGCUCUUUUCCUGGACAAGGCAGGACAGAACCUUGAAGAUGAACCGGUCUCAGUCACCUACUCAUCACUGAAACACUUGGUGUUGGAAGCUGUCAUGUUUGGCUCUUUCCUCUGGGACGUCGAAAGGUAUGUGGAUUCUGUGUACGGCCUUUCUGAGCAUUGA